UCCGCGCCUCCUCGGCAGCCGGCACCUUUCCCGUCGGGCGGGCGGGGCCUGGGUCCCGGUGCGGGCCCCGGCCCUGGUGCCGCCGGUUUUUCUAGCCCUGCCCGUGACUGGCAGCAGCGCCGGGGUGAGUCACGGCUUGGAAAUGGAGUGGGCGGGUGCGCGUGCAGGAGAAUGAAUGAUGUCAGGGCGGAGCGCGGCUCGCGCGGCCAGCAUGAGGCCGGCGAUAAACACGGCAGCGCCGAGCGAGCGCGGCCCCCCGCGACCCCCGCUCCCCGCCCCGGAGCGCCGCCGGCCCGGCCGCUGCUGAGGGAGACCUCUGCGGGGAGUGUCGCCGCCGCUGACGCCCUUAACGCCAGUCCCCUUCGCCAGGAAGGAGAAGAGUCUGAGAGAGGAGCCAGCGCAGGGCAGGGGAAGGUACAGAUUGUGGCAAACUUUCUAGCUGCUUCUGCGUGCUGCUACCUCAGCGGUGGGAGUGUCUGGCCAUAAGGAACUGCAAAGCUCAAACCUAAGAGCCCCGAGGCUCCAGAAACGGUUUCCAGCCGCCUUUAGAGGAGGAAGUGCCAGCAGUGCAAGCUUUUGUGUGUACAGCUGAGUAGGUAAGUUGGGAAUGGCACAGGUGGAUUAAACGGCACGGCGUACCACAGGUACGCACCUGGAGAACUUCCUUCACAGAAGACCUCUACGUGAGAACCGGACAGAGACUGGGAAGAGCAGUCCUACAUUUGCGGUCUCUUCCGUUUCUAGAAUGAUACAGCUGUAGAGGAAAGACUGACCUUCAUGACUUGCUUUACAGGAUCCAAAUAGUGAAAGCACAAUGGACACUUUUUAGAGUUUUACAGAAAUAAAAAAUCAUCUAGGAACAAGAAUAUUGGACUUGGAGAAAUAAGACUUCAGAGAGCCCAGAAACUGGUCACUGAUAAACCCUAUUUGGCCAUACAGCGUGGGAAUGAAUACUAUUGAGACGGCAAAGCUUGAAGAGCAUAUGGAGAGUCAAAACAAUGACACUUCUAAUGGCUACUCACGACCUACUCUCUCCGUCACUGAAGAGAACAAAAAUGGCACUAGCAAACCAAAGGGCUUGUCUAAUGGCUUGCGAAAAACAACAAAGAAAUACCCUGAUUACAUCCAGAUUGCUAUGCCUGCUGAGUCUAGGAACAAAUUUCCUCUAGAAUGGUGGAAAACAGGCAUUGCCUUUGUCUAUGCUCUCUUCAACUUGAUUCUAACAACUGUCAUGAUCACUGUGGUCCAUGAGAGAGUACCUCCAAAGGAGUUAAGUCCUCCCUUGCCUGACAAAUUUUUCGAUUACAUUGAUCGUGUGCAGUGGGCUUUUUCUGUAUCAGAAAUAAAUGGAAUGAUACUACUUGGAUUAUGGAUAUUCCAGUGGUUGUUUCUUAGAUACAAAUCAAUAGUGGGACGCAGGUUCUUUUUUAUAAUGGGAACUUUGUAUCUGUACCGCUGUAUUACUAUGUAUGUUACCACCUUACCUGUGCCUGGAAUGCAUUUUCAGUGUGCUCCAAAGUUGAAUGGAGAUGCGCAGGCAAAGCUUCAGAGGAUCCUGCGACUGAUUUCUGGUGGUGGUCUAUCCAUAACUGGAUCACACAUCCUGUGUGGAGACUUCCUGUUUAGUGGUCAUACUGUGGUAUUAACGCUGGUCUACCUGUUCAUCAAAGAGUAUUCACCACGUCAUUUCUGGUGGUAUCACUUAAUCUGCUGGCUAAUGAGUGCUGCUGGCAUAAUUUGUAUCCUUGUUGCUCAUGAACACUAUACCGUAGAUGUCAUCAUUGCUUACUAUAUCACCACACGGCUUUUCUGGUGGUACCACUCAAUGGCUAAUGAAAAGACUUUAAAGGUCUCUUCACAGACGAAUUUUCUCUCUCGAGCCUGGUGGUAUCCAAUAUUCUAUUUCUUUGAGAAGAACGUGCAAGGUGCUGUUCCUUGCAGCUUUUCCUGGCCAAUAUCUUGGCCUCCCAGCUGCUUCAAAUCUUCAUGUAAAAAGUAUUCACGGGUUCAGAAGACCGGAGAGGACAAUGAAAAAUCUACCUGAAGAAAAGGAAAGCAUCUGCUCUGUUUUUUUGUUUGUUUGUUUUCUUACCAAAACGUUAAUGCUGUAACCAAAGUUCUUAAGAGGACUACACUGUAACUGAAGAAGUGGACCAAGCUUCUGUGCAAUUGGUUGGAAAGACAAUUGUAGACACACAUAUUGCCAUUUCGUAUGUUCUCCUAUCAUCACGCUGUACAGACCUAUUCUACUCUUCAGUGCUAACAGAAUGCACCGCUCUCGGGACUCUUCCUUUUCUUUUUUUUUUUUUUUUUAAUUAAAGAAGAAAUGGAGCAGGACUUUGCUUUACUAAUGAGAUAGAGGUGCCAAAGCCCACGUUAACACUUUUAUUACUAUCACUCAUCCACAGAAGCACCCAAAAAUCUCAUCUUCAGAGUCUGGAGUGCAUAAGGGCAAAACCAUGCUAAAAUGUAAAGGCACGGUAUCAGCAUAUUGAGGUAUAUAAAAAAAUAACACAGUUAUGGGAAGUGGUUUGUUGCGUUAUUCUUGCUAAUGAAGGUAAGGCCUUUGUGUGACUGGUACAGCUGGAAGCGAGUCUUGAGGUUUUUUACACUCUGGGUAUGACUAUCUUGUGACCCUGAAAUCUACUUAUCACCAUUAUCUCCCAUAUAUUCUACUAUAUACAGAUUUUUACAUUUUUAUGAGUAAUUUUAUAUCUAAACUGUUGUGCUACCUGAUGACUUUGCAAAUUAGGAAUAGCUGCUAACAUCAGAGCUCAAGGAGCCGAAAGUUUUAUUUUUAAAAAAGGACACAGUUUCAAAGUUAAAUCUUUAAUUGCAGCUGGCCUUGUCUAUAGAGCUAUACAGUGCCUAUCAGUGUAUGUAUAUGCAUAUACACAAAAGCACACACUGCUGUGUAGUUAAACACCUAUUAAACAAAACUGCUUACUGGAAAGAAUGAUCAUACAAUUCUUCAUUCGGGCAAAAGCCCUACAGAUCUCACCUUGAGGAAUGCAAGGCCAGGUCCAAAACAGGGCUAUAGUUAAACUUUUAAAUUUUAGUAGCUAUCUCUUGCUGAAACUAUGUAGCAGGUUUGCUGGGGAGCCAUAGUUCUUUUUUUACCUGUUGGCACAUGUUUCUGUAACUUACCUUAAAGAAAAAAAAAAACCAAACCCCAAAGAAGUGCCAAGGUGAAUACCUACAACAGUAGCAUUUCUGCAAGUAUUACCUAAAACCAUUUCAUAUUAAAUGACACUGUGGUAGAACUCACAUGCGGAUUCCCUUUUUUCCCCCUCAGGGUUUCAGUCCAGUUAAAAUGGCUAUUUAAGCAAGUUGGCUGAGAAUGUGGGAAAUCACCAUGGCCGUAAACAUGUAACAAAACCACAAAUUAACAGCUACCUGGUUCUUGUUGGGUUUUGUUGGUUUGUAUUGUUGGGAAAGCAAAGUAGAAAAUUAGAAUGCCACGUUUAACUGUUUAUGUUCUGUAUUAAUUUCUGCAGUUAUCUUAAUUUUAUUUUCAAAUUUUCAGUAAAACCUGAUGGCAAAGAUGAAACUGUGUUAAGUGUUGAGGUGGUACUAAUAUACAGGAAAUGCUGUUUAUUUUUAAGAAUGUCUUGAACUGAGUGACAAGUGUGAACAUGAGAACUUGCUUUUAAGAAGUCCAGUUAAAGUUAUAAAAUGCAAUACAGAGUAUUCAAAUACCAUUUUUUCAGUUAAGGGGAUCAAUUGCUGUGAGUUGUACAUGAGAAUAUUAAUGUGCAUUUCAAAUAUUUUUGUGCAUUCUCAAAGUAAUACAAUAAACAAUGUUCCUUACAAUAAGUCCUUGUUAAAACUUAGCUAAGAGAGAAAUUCUGCUGAUGUUUGGUUUUGUUACUUUAAAUAAGCUUCUCAGAAUCUUACAACAUGUCCCUGGAAGUUGGGGGGGGAGGGAGGGGAAGCAUACCCGUGUUCUCAUUUGCUUGCUCCUGGCACACCUUGAGCAGCUAAAAAGCCAGUAGCAAAACAUUUAUAUAAAAGUCCUUUUUACGUAUCAUACAAAUGAAUCUGUUCAAUGUCAGUCUGUAAAUCUCCCAGCAUACUCGUGACAAUACUACUUCAUAGAGCAUAAUACUUUUUUCUGAAGCUGAAUUCCAAGCUUUGUGGUAUCUUAAAUAUCGUCAUGUUAAGCCAUUGUAGUAAUACUGUCUUUUGGAAAUCAUGAGUGAAUUUCAUUAGUAGUAAACAUGCCUUGAAAAUAACUCCAUGAAAGGCAUUCCAGUAAGGAGCUUCAACAGUGAUUUUCAUCUGGUGGCUGAAUAAUAAAUACUUUGAUAGUCUACGUAGCUAAUUGUCUGCAUAACCCCCACCACGUCUCAGUGGGAUUUCUCUAAUAUUAUAAAGAAUAAUAAUAGAAUUUAUUAAUGCAGGAUGUUUGUUUUCUUUACUCCUGUUUUGGAAGGAAAAAAUAUGGAAGUGAUGAAAUAGAACAAAGUAAAGAUUAUGCUUUUGUUGGGUAGUGUGAGCUUUCAUUCUACUGCUGAAUUUGAUAGAAACUUCUAUUGUAAUACAAAACUAAAGUUUAAAUGGCAGCCUGAGCUCAAAAUUUGAUUCCUUUUCUGGCUCAGCAGUCCCUCAACUGCUUAAAUUUUCUCCAUUGUAUCAAAGCCCUCAAAAGGGUGUGUGUGUUUAAACAGCAGGAAACCCCAAUUCUCAAUUGUCUCAAUAGCUUUAAACUGCUUCUGCAAACUUAGAUGGUAUAGACGUAUUUGAAGACUCUUUAGGCCUACAUGCAAGGUGAUGAAAUGGGGUAAGUA